AUGUCUGAUCCAAACCGCUUUCUGCGGGCUCUUCGUGUUCAAUCCAGCAAGGGCAUGCAACCAUCGGAUCUAAAUACUCAGAUCGACCUCGGACUGCGAUAUGAUUUCGACAUUUAUCGCGUCGCGACAGAGAAACUCGCAUCUAGUCCUCUCUUUCUUCUGAAUACCACUGCGGGGCGUUUGGCCUACAACCACAACUACAAAUUCUCAACUGAAGCGGGGUUUGACCUUGACAUUCAUGAACUCGGAGGUGCUCUUAAAUUUAUGGCUUAUGACUUUGUAGCAUCCACAUAUCCAGACCAUGCGCCGAAGUUGAAGGAACAACUCAACAGCUACGCAGAAUCUCAUGGAAAUGAGGAGGUUUGGUACUUGGUCCAGCACCAUCCUUCAACCUCCAGCCUUCUACAAGCGAGUCAAAAGAAGAAAGUGGUUCCAUGCAGCAUCGAAAACCUGGUCAAAGUCUCUACUGGCGAACGAAAGCAUUACUAUGAGUAUCUAGAAGGACUUUCUUAUCUCCGAAGUCUGGGCACAAGAGAGGCUCAGGUCAACGAAUCCAAAAAGUCACCUCUGGAGAUUCCGGACCUUUUUCCGCACCGACUUGACCCUAAAACGUCGCUUUCGGUGGAAAACAUGAACAGGCUUUUCUUCACUCACCCGCUUAAAUUCCCCCAUACUCUUGUGGACGCCCAACAGAAGCUAUUCCACGCUUUCAAGCAAAUACGCCUGAUCCCACCCGAAGAAUUAACUUCAAAGAUCGGUCUAUUCUGUCAUCCCACUAUCAUCACUCGUCGCGGCAUCGCUCAUUUGGAGUACCUCACAAUACACAUGCCUUACAAUAAUCACAGCUAUAUCUUCGACGUCGCAACGAUUGGAUGGGAUCUUCUCACCUCCCACGCCGAAGGCUUUCACGGCCUACGCUUUCGUCGAAUCCUCGGCGCAGCCCACACCACGAAGAUAUUCUACAACUUUGACGAAGUUGAGGUUGUUCUUCGCCAGUCUCGUAGACUGCAAUUGCAAAACCGUAUGAGCCUUCAGCAUGAGGGUAACAUAGUCUCUGGUGAUCUUGAUUUCGAUUCCGCAGUGGAAAGUGCGGCUCAGUCGAGUGUUAUUGGUUGGAUAUAUGCCAAAAAUCUGCGAUACCUGCAGCAGAAAGUUGGGAGUGAGGAAAAUGCGUGUUUGGUCCGACCGAUGGGGAAGCUUACGCAGAAGUUGCUGGCGACUAAGGCUGUUGCUUUGAGGUGUAUUUUCCUGGAUCAGCGCAAGAAAUUCGCUCAACUAGGAGCUUCGCUUAGCGUCGAGCAACCUUCCAGCGAGUAG